GGGAUUGAUCUUGGUAACCAUUGUUUACAAGGUCCGCCAUAGAGUCGCGUAGUUAGUCGUGUGUUUGGGUUACAGUGAAUAACAUACACAAAGAGAGAAGAUGUCUGAUUUUGGAUCUGAAGAGGGUGAGGAGGAUCAGGGCCCCUACCUUGGAGAAUAUGAAGGAGGAAGAAAUGAAAAUGAAGAAAGGCAUGGGCAUGGAAAAGCAACGUUACCAAAUCAAGACACAUACGAGGGAAUGUAUGACUGUGGAAAACGACAUGGUCAAGGUGUUUAUAGAUUCAAAAAUGGAGCAAGAUACAUUGGAGAAUAUUUAAAAAAUAGAAAACAUGGUCAAGGAACAUUCAUAUAUCCAGAUGGUUCAAAAUAUGAAGGAAGCUGGGUCGAUGAUCAGAGGUGUGGAUUUGGAAAAUACUCCUACGUUAAUGGUGAUACAUAUGAGGGAGAAUGGAAAGAUCACCAGCGACACGGUCAAGGAACAUACACAUAUGCUGCAACCGGCACAAAGUAUGUAGGCAGGUGGCAAAUUGGGAAAAGAGAAGGACAUGGCGAACUGAUUCAUGCAAACCAUAAAUAUGUUGGCGUGUUCAAAGAAGAUAAACCAAUGGGAAAAGGAAAAUAUGUCUUUGAUAUUGGAUGUGAACAACAUGGAGAAUACAUUCCUAUUGAGCAGGAGAAGGAAGAUAAGCUGGAUGAUGAAGAACCUUCAGCAAAUAUAAUCCCAAAAUGGAAGGCUGGACAAGUUACAGCUAUUCACCUGAAAACGGAGGAGGACAUGGAGGAAGAGGCCAAAGAGCAAGCAGAAGAAGCUGCUGGUGAAAAAGAAAACCAAGAACAAACAUCUGAACAGCCUGCAGAAUCACAAGGGGAGACAACUGAAGAAAAGAAGGAAGAGAAACCAGAAGGUGGGGAGACAGAAGAAAAGAAAGAGGAAGAACCAGCUCAGGAAACUGCCCCAGAAGGAGGGGAGGAAACCACGGCUGGGGGAGAAGACGGGGGAAAUCAAGAGACAGCUGAUGCUCCAAAGGAAGAAACACCAGCGGAAUAAUUCAUAUCAUUAUUUUCAUCUAGUUAUUAAAUAGUGACUAUUUGUUCAUUCUCUUUUGAAAGAAAUACAGUUUGAGACUUUGAGUACAAGAGUGAACAUUCUUGAAUAAUAAGGAAUAUCAGUAUUAUGAUGGCAGGACAUGUGUCUUCACUCCUUCAUGUCAAUUCAGAUAAAUGUGAAAAAAGAACUCUCUUUGUGAACCAGCUGUGUACAAAUCACAUCGUCAAUAAAUUAUUUAUCUUUUUUAA